CAACAAUUUACAGUAUCAAUUCUUGUGAUUCCCCCAUAUACCAUCAUCUCUGAUUCAGGCGAAUUAAUAGGCAUACUAGGAGAUUUUUUCGAUGAUAUUAUCCACAGAUGUCUUCUUAGAUUUUGUGGUUUGUCUAAGGAUGCCUUCAACAUGACUUUUAUUAACUCGAGCAAAGAAUUCCAAAUGAUCCUACAGAACAAUAUGACGGAUUUCGCCUUGCCAGUAUCCAAGCCAAUGCAGUUGCUUCUCCGUCCUGACGACCAUGAUGCACAGCCACUUAUGAUGGUUGAACAAAUCAUAAGUUCUCCCGGCUAUUCGCUGAUAAUGGACGUAGAAAAUGUGAAUGUCAGAGCCAACAAAGCCGCACUUAUCAAGUUAUACACAGAAUCUUGGCCUAUUACAAUCUUUGCAUUUGUGAUCACUGGAAUCUCUGGAAUGGUCAUAUGGAUCCUGGUAAGUAUCACCUAUUUCCCAAAAUAUCUAAUUAAGUUGCAAUUUUGCUCGGCCAUUCAAAAACCGCGAUAUAUCAAUUAUUUUUACAGAAGAACUAUGGUUUGCGAAAAAAGCAAACUUUAUCUCAUUUAAAAGCAAGCCACUAUACAAAACCGAAUUGAAAUAUAUGGUGGAUAAUGUAGAAAAGCCUUUCCCUUUCUUUCCUCACCUCUUCCUACAUAGGAAAUAGCAAUGGGGGAACUUUAAAAUGUAUAAAGGGUAACAAGGUCAGACAGAGCAAUGUUUCGGUCCUUUAACGUCCCCUGCUAACCAGUAAAGUCCAGGCCUACGUUUAUCGUCCUCUCCUGCAAAGACUAGAGUGUCUAACCAUUUACAGAUGUCACAAAAAUAGCAGCAUACUCUCAUCAGCUAUUUCAAGAUCUUGAGUGUUGGUCCCGCCUGGGUCUUGAACCCUACAUCUUCGGCACGACAAUCAACCCGGUGCUCUAUAAAAUAAGAUAACCAAGUGCAGUUAUGAAGAUAGUGUCUAUCUUUCUUUCAGGAAACGCACUUCAACGAUGAGGAAUUUCCCCGUUCAUUUGUAAAGGGUUCCUAUGAAGGCUUUUGGUGGGCCUUUGUUACCAUGACAACAGUUGGGUAAGAUAAACGUCCAUUUUAGAGGGUACAACACAGGCAGUUAAUGUCAUCAACUUUGCAAGGCAUUUCAUGAUCACUUUGAACCCAAUAUCCUCUCUAAAUCCAAUCAUCAAUUCAAAAGGUCCAAAAGGGUUGGCUACCGACACUUUUGGGUUAUAUCUACAAAAAUUGCACAAGAAGUUUAGAAUUGGUUUUGGGCGGUUUCUUGAGGAGUUCAAGGGGAGAUGUGUGGAAAGCAAAACUAGUGGGUUUCUAAAACACCUCAGGGAUUGUGACGAAAUUCUGGAGGUUACUUGAUAUUAAUACGAGCAACCUUUCUAGGUAAGGUGACAGGGAACGUCUGGUUUAGUUUUUAUCUUUACUGAAGCUUACCUCCAUUCUGAGAAUAUAAUGUUGUAAAUUUGAUUUGUCUUUGCUCUACUUCAGUUACGGAGAUAAAACUCCCAAAUUUAUUUUGGGUCGCGUAUUUGGAGUGUUCUGGAUUAUGUUUGGUUUGAUCGUCGUUGCUGUCUUUACAGCUACUGCCACUAGUGCAAUUAGUACGAGCAUAGAUAGCUUCGUAGGAGUUGAGGGAAAUAAGGUAUGUGUGUGUGAAAUAGUUUUUUGUCUCUCAUUUUUGUUACCGUCUUCUGAGAAAUGUGGGCAUGUUGGACCGUCGAUGGUGCUUCACUACCGAACCCUUUACAUCUUCCUAUCAUAUUUUGCAUACUGAUCUCCAUACUUCUCUUGCAAUAUUGAAAAGGAAAAUUUUUUUCACAAGCGAUUCUUUUCCUAAUGAUCAUUUCCUUUAUUCUCAUGGUCUUAAGCCUAGAUACUGUAGGUUGAAAUUGGAUACUAACCCUUAAAGCCCUAAUAUCAACAUGUAUAUUCUCUUCACCAUUCUCCAUGUUUCUUAUUUUAGCGAUUGAGAGAAUUUGUUCAAACAUAAAGACAUUUCUUCUUUUGUGAUCAUUUCAAUCAUUCUCAUGAUCUGUAGAUUUGAUCAGGCAGUGGUAUUGUUAGGAGAAAUUAGAUGCUGGUCACUAUUGGGGUUAACCUGAAUUGACACUAAACGAAUUAAGCUGAUAGACAUCGAGAUAUAGCGCCAAUAGAAUCGCAAUAAUGUAAGCAUGAAGAUCAAUUAUUAAAAACACAGCGGCAGGUCAGUAAAAAACGGAUCUACGAAGCAGAAUUAAAUUGAGGCGAAAUGUGCCAAUGAAGGCACGCAAAAACGCAUCAAGGGUAGUUGAUCAUUUGCUGGAUAAUAGCGACUCGAAAUCUUUUGAUCAUUUCGCCUGAGACUAGCAACUAAGGAGCAGAGAGGUCGCGGUUCUCCGUUGAUAGCUUGACUCAACAAUUUAUUCUGUCUCUAAAUCGUGAAAAAAACGAUUAAACAUUCAUUUAUCAUCACUUUAAAAAAUAGAUUUCAUGUUGCUGCGAGUCUGUUUAGUAAUAGAUUGCAGAUGACUUAAAAUGUACUAAGGACAAACAAAUAGCACUUAAGGCGCAGCCGGGUGUAUGUGUCACUGAUGUUCUUACCACGUUCUGGCGUCGUCUGGGAUCUAUUACUAAACUGACCCAUGGCAACACGAAAAUUAUGAGUGUAUUAUGAGUGUAUUACCAGCAUUAUUAUGAGUGUAUUACCAGCAAAAAGCCUUAGACUAAGUCUGUAUGACUGAGCAAAUUAGGAAGAGAAACAAGGACGUAACGUGUUCUUCUACUUUCCAUUUGGUUUUCAGAUUGGUGUGUUGAAUAGCACGUCGGCAGAGUUUGAGGCCAGAAAAAAAGGAGCAUUUGUCAAGAGUAAGCCUUACAAAAAAUCAGGCCAUUUCAAUCCUACAUACAAGAAAAAAUCGGACCACACUCUUAAAUUGAUAUACAGCCCAGUUAUAUAAUCAAAACCUUGGGGGUAAAGUGUGUAUUGAAAUAGCUAUCUUACACUUUACAAAACUUGACGGCAACAUUUCGUGUUCACGCUAAUCAGCAACGACCGCAUACAACACAAAAACCUUUCCGAGGCAAAACCACAAGCGCGCAAAGCCUCUGGGGUGUGGAUGAUCUUUUAAACGAAUUUAGCUGUUUCGUCUCCUCGAACUAGUUUGAGGGAAAGUUCACUUUGAUAUACCUAGCAUGAAGUUCUCCUCCUCUUACAGAACAAAUUCUCUCCUUUUUAAAGGAAUUACGGCUUUUGAGUGAAACAUUCUACAGGCGACAUAAUAAUUAACCCCCCUUCCCACCUCCUAUAAACUCACAAAUCCUCAUAGAUUGGUCUACAUUCAUUACCUGGUGCCUGAGAGGAGUCACAGAAUUUUGGUUGGGUUUACCUGACCUGAUACCCCUUGUAGUCAACUCAGUUAUGUAAUAAUCCAAGAAUCCCCUCUCAUUGGAAGUCAGUUUUUAUAGUCCUCUUAUAUACGACUAAUUCCCCUCCGUUUCCCCUAAAAACCGUGCGACCAUCCCACCCCCCCUGCAAAAAAAAUAAUAACCCUUCCGUCCCUCUGGCGAUGAAAAAUCAAAACCACUAAAAUUCAUCCACAAUACAGCUGAUAAAUGUUUUCCUAAUAGGUUUUUCGUCAAUUGAAGAAAUGUUCUCCAGCCUACGGAGUGGUGAAAUAGACGGUGUUCUCAUGGACAAGUUUAGAAGCCCAGAGGUUCUGCGUGCAACGAAAGAUAGGAAUUUCAGAGUGUUUUCUGGCUACGAUGCAAACGUCCCAUACUACCUUGCAGUACACAACAGUUUGAGGAGCCUGUUUGAAGGGGCGUCAUGCAUCAAAAACAGGAUUAAUAACCAGGAUUUGGAAAACCUGUUUAUCAAAUAUCUCAUGCCCGUGGCGGUAAUAACACAACUCCUUAUUGAGACAUUAACUUUUAUCCUUGUACAUUGUUUGAUUGUUUUUGUUUAUUUGUUUUGCUUGUCUCAUGUUUUUUUUUCGAGCCAUGAUCACCUGGACCUAUUCUAAUAGGCUAUUUCCAAGUUCUAAGCCUUCUUACUUUUAACCCUUUAACUCUCAGAUCAAAUUUGUACUUCUCCUUACUGUCAAUCGUACAAUUCUUAUAAUAUUAGUUCAGAGAAUUUAGAAUUGGAUCAACUAAUUAUCCCCAAAUUGAUAUUUUUCUUUAUUUCCAUCACUUAUAUAGUUGAUAUUGCAUUGAUAUUGUAAGAAGAAAUUCUCUCUUGGUCACUCAUGGGAGUUAAAGGGUUAAAAUAUGAACCAUAAGUUUUUUCAUAUUAUCUUACUUCCAGGUGUACAAUAGUGAAAAAGACUCCUACGCUGUGUUUUCUGGCCACUCACCUGAGACGAAUAGAUUUUUGGUCAUCGUCGUGUGUGUGUUCCUGGGUUUCGCUUUCGUUGGCAUCACAGCUGAAGUCAUUUAUAAGACUGUGAGGAAAGGAAAUUUGAAAGUGAGAAGUAGGGAAGGUAUGAAUUCUUAAUGAUCUUCCUCACUGUGGAUAUACUUAACAGUUUGCUUAAUUAAGUUGGCCUAGUGUCGACGGAUUGAAAGGAUUCGCAUUCAAAACGGGGAAAGGAGACAGUAAGGUGUGUCCAUGGGUGCACACGCAAAAAAAGAGUGAUGCACUUUCCAUUUGGACGGAUAGCUCGUUUUUUUUUUAUUCUUUAUUUUUUUGGCGUGUUAAUAACAUCGAACUACAGAGGUAUUUUAUUUUUCUCGCAGUUCCUAGCUUGGGUGUCACAUGUGGGUUGAGUUCAUUGGUUGGUCUCAUCCUCUGAGGGUUUUUCUCCGGGUUCUCCGGCUUCCCUCUCCCCACAAAAACCAACUUUCCAAAUUUCGAUUCGACCUGGAAACAGUGGACAAGAAAAGCCACAUCGUGGAAUGUCCAGUGAUAAAUUAUUAUCAUUAUUAUUAUUAUUGUUCAAGAGGUUACGAUCUCUUGUAUUAUUAUGAUUACCGCAGAUUGGUUGAGUAAGUACGGAAAUCAAACAGGUGGGGAUUUGAUGCUUUUCUUGUUUUUUUUUUUUUUUGCAAUGAACGUGAUAAAAAAUUUCCUUUAAACAGACCGGGAAAACGGAAAUUAUUUGAGGGAAGUUGGCGAGCACAGUGCUAGUAAACCUAACUUGGCAAAUGUGGAGAACAAGUUAAGACAACUGGUCGAAGAGGUCAGCAAACUACAAGAGCAAAUUUCAGCCAAAGGACGGCGAAGCACAACUCACAUGUGA